AGCAGGAGAAUAGUGCAGGGAAAGCCAGUCGGCCCGAGCAGAGGAACGCGAUUGCCACGCGUGGAGUGGUUAAAUGGAUGAGGACUCUUCGCCCUGGGAGAGGGGAGGGAAGUCUGGAGUACGACUGCUUGAAGGUGAGGGAGUGUCGAGCACAGGUAGCCGCAACGCAGGCGGCAGAAAUUCAGACAGUCGGGGAACGCCGUACGUGUGGAAGGCGGAUCUUGAGCUCCGCGAGGCGCGUUCUGGGCGAGCCGACCUGGAGCGUCAGCCACUGCGCGCCUGCCGCGCUGCCCUCCUUCCCGCUGGCCUUCUGUGCCAACGACCCCGAAGUCUUUGUCCAAGCAGCGCUGUUGGCUCAGGAUUAUUGCGACGCCAUCGACCUCAAUCUGGGUUGCCCCCAGAUGAUUGCAAAGAGAGGUCACUACGGCGCGUUUCUGCAAGAGGAGUGGGAUCUUCUCCAGAGAAUGAUUUUACUGGCUAACGAGAAGCUCUCUGUUCCCAUCACAUGCAAAAUCCGCGUUUUCCCAGAAGUGGACAAGACAGUGAAGUAUGCCCAGAUGCUGGAGAAGGCUGGCUGCCAGCUGCUGACGGUGCACGGCCGCACGAAGGAGCAGAAGGGCCCUCUUGCUGGCGUGGCAUCCUGGGAGCACAUCCACGCCGUCAGGAAAGCUGUAAGCAUUCCCGUGUUUGCCAACGGAAACAUCCAGUGUCUCCGUGACGUGGAAGAAUGCAUCCGUAAGACGGGCGUGCAUGGUGUCAUGAGUGCAGAAGGUAAUCUGCAUAACCCAGCUUUGUUUGAGGGCCGAAACCCCUUGGUGUGGGAGAUGGCUGAGGAGUAUCUGGAGAUAGUGCAGAAGUACCCUUGUCCAUUGUCUUAUGUUAGGGCUCAUCUCUUCAAGCUCUGGCAUCACACGCUUCAAGUUUACCAGCAGCUGCGGGAAGAAUUAGCCAAAGUGAAGACUCUGGAGGGCAUUGUGGAUGUCAACAGGGAGCUGAAACUGCGAUGCCAGGAGGAAAUCGCGAAGCAGAAGGAGGGAGAAAAGCCAGGAGAAGGGUUGCCUUUUUUCCACUGGAUCUGCCAGCCGUACAUCAGGCCGGGGCCAAAGGAGAGAUGCAAGGAGAACGGAGCCGGGGGGACUGAAAAGGGUGUGCGAGGGAAACGCGCGCUGGAAGAGGAGGAAGAUGGGAGUUCUGAGCUUCUGUCAAAGAAUAAGCAAAAAAAGAAGUUAAGAAACCCAAAUAAGACCUUCGAUCCCUCUUUAAAGCCCAAAUAUGCAAAAUGUGACCAGUGUGGGAACCCCAAG